AUGGAGCUUGAAGGAGCUGCUUUCUUUGAUGAAGAAUGGGAUUCUUUGACCAAGAUGUUCUCUACCGAAAACGUUGAUUUUCUGGUUCAGCUCCAAGAUGAUAACUUUUUCUUGAAUGAUCAUGAAAAUGAAGCUCCAUUGUCGUUCUGGCAAGCUGUUGAAGCUAACAAGCUGAUCAAUGUAACAGAGGGUUUUUUCUCUGCUAACUGUUCUGAUGCUCCUAUGAUCAUCAACACCAAUAAUUUGCAGUAUUUUUCUCAAGAAAGUGGCAAUGGUGAUGAUCCCAAUUCUGAGAACAAUACUGUUUCUGAACCUGGAGAAGUUAUCAGCUUGAAGAGGAAGCUGGAGAGAGUAGAAGAACAGCAAACAUUCAAGAAUGAUUCAGCUCAAAAUCCCAGGAAAAAGCCUCAGGCUUCAAGAGAGACACAUAAGAACAAGAGAAAGGCAGUGUCGAAAUCGAAGAAAAACCAGAAGAUUAGUCACAACAGCAAUGAAGGAGAGGAAAUCAAUGGUGGACAGAAUACACAGAGCUCAAGCUGUAGCAGCAUUGAUGAUGAAUCUAACGGUGGGAUGGAGAGUUCAGAGUCCAAAGGAAAAUCAAGGGCCAGCAGAGGGGCUGCUACAGAUCCUCAAAGCUUAUAUGCAAGGAGAAGAAGGGAAAAAAUAAAUGAAAGAUUGAGAAUAUUGCAGAACCUCGUACCCAAUGGAACAAAGGUUGACAUUAGUACUAUGCUUGAGGAGGCUGUUCAUUAUGUCAAGUUCCUACAGCUUCAAAUUAAGUUACUAAGCUCAGAUGAUAUGUGGAUGUAUGCUCCAAUUGCCUACAAUGGAAUGGACAUUGGCCACUACCAGAAGAUGCAGCAGCCCACCUUGUGACCCUGCAAAUUAUGUUCAGAUGUUGAAAUUUUGUAUUAUUUCAUUUAUUAACAUUAUGUAACAACCCAUACCAAGAUUUUUAUUAUUAUUAUUAUUAAAUAUUAUUGAUACAUUAUUAUUACAUAUAUAGUGACAUUCUAAAAGAGUUCUUCU